GGCUUGAGUGUGGACGUCAGAGCAGGCUGGACCACAGACAGGCUGAGCACACAUUGAGCGGCGCCAUGCACCACUACCCUCGGACCGACAGCUAGCCAGUUGAGAUGCCUCCUGAACACCUCGACCCAGCCCGAAAUGCUCGGUCCAGGGCGCACGUUUUUUUAUUAUUCCACUGAUACAAGAUGUGUAGAGGGAGUAAGUGUGAAAAAAAUGGCAAGGUUUUGAGUCUUACUUUUCCGUCUCGCUCGGUGUAGCGUGGCAGAGGCAGUGGAUCGUUUCCAAAGUUGUCGCUUAGCAGGGCGCGUGUGAAGGAUCUGAAUUAAAGGCGCAGUGCCGCCUUUGUAGGCGCAAACAUGGAGAAGCUGCAGAGCGAUUUGGACCGAGACCGACAGUACUGUGAACUUUGUGGGAAAAUGGAGAAUCUCCUCAAGUGUGGUAGGUGCCGGAGCUCUUUCUAUUGCAGCAAGGAGCACCAGAAACAGGACUGGAAGAAACACAAGCUAAUUUGUAAGGAGAUGGACAAGGCGCAGCUUUCCAAACAGAAGCCCGAGCAGCCUCCGCAGUCGGGGGACGACAAGGCACCGGAGAAAUACCGGGAAAAGAUAAGUCCCGAGCAGACGGACAAUGCAUCUUUCCCACAACCCACAAACACAGAAGCACCUGGUGACGGACUGGGAGAGGAGGGGUCCAACAACACCGCCACACCUAACGGACAAACCAGCGCAUCCCCUCAGAAACUUGCCGUGGAGUACAUAGUCCCGUGUAUGAACAAGCACGGCAUCUGUGUGGUGGACAACUUUUUAGGAGCAGAGACUGGCCUAGGCAUUUUGGAUAAUGUUAUAGCUCUGCACAAAACUGGCAAGUUCACAGACGGACAGUUGGUCAGUCAAAAAAGCGACUCCACCAAAGACAUCCGAGGGGACAAAAUCACGUGGAUAGAGGGGAAAGAGGCCGGCAGCGAGAAGAUCCGCUUUCUAAUGAGUCGUAUGGACGACCUGAUUAGACAUUGUAAUGGGAAACUGGGAAACUACACAAUAAAUGGAAGGACAAAAGCAAUGGUGGCGUGUUACCCUGGAAAGGGAACAGGAUACGUGCGCCAUGUGGAUAAUCCCAAUGGCGAUGGGCGCUGUGUCACAUGCAUAUAUUACCUUAAUAAAGACUGGACUGCCAAGGAGCAUGGUGGCCUUCUUCGUAUCUUCCCAGAAGGAAAGGCCCAGUUUGCUGACAUAGAGCCCAAAUUUGACCGUCUGCUGCUGUUCUGGUCUGACAGACGGAACCCUCACGAGGUUCAGCCCGCCUUUGCUACCAGGUAUGCCAUCACGGUGUGGUAUUUUGAUGCAGAUGAGCGUGCCAGAGCUAAAGAAAAGUACUUAACGGGUGCAGGAGAAAAAGGAGUAAAGGUUGAACUUGGUAAACCAUCAGAUCCCAGCUAGGGGGGCCCUGCAUUUCCUACAGCCAUUAAGUGCUCUAUCUGUAAAGUGGCCUAUAGAGUGUGUGUGUGUGUGUAUGUGUGUGUGUGUGUGUGUGUGUGUGUGUGUGUGUGUGUGUUUUACAUGGCAAAAUCAGCAGACUUUUGCGCGAGUGUGUGGAAGAUCCAUUCUUAUGGAGACAAAACAAACAAAAACAGUGAUUUCUGUUUGUUUUCCGCAAACCGGGGCAACCCAGAGGACCUUGAAUGUCAUGACAUUUUACUGAAAGGGAUUGUGUGUUUUUUGUCUUUUACCCCUUUCACCUCUUUGGUGAAGAGCGCUUACAUUUUCAGAAAAUCAACAGGAAUUAAGCUUCCAGAGAAUCUACAUCUUUUGCAUAUUGUUUUUGCAGUUAAUUUCUUAAAGGUACAGUGUUCUGCAUAUGCUUAAUGUGUUAUGCUUUUCACAUGGAAUUAGCUGUUAUAAGCUACUGUAUUGCAAAAUGUACUUGAGGUUGCAAUAAUAUGAGGACUGAUCUGAAUUAAAAAACAACCUUUUUUCUGACAGAAA